AUGUCAGGUAGCGAACCGGCCGUGCCUGCUCAGGCAGACAUUGUGGGCAUCCCUGGAGCCGCGAUGACUACUCUCAGUCUUACUCAAGGGCUCUUACGUGCAGUGUCGGCUGACAAUGUUAACCCGCAAGCCGUAAUACAAAUGGAGCGACUCGGAUCAUGUUUUCAUUCCAAUGGUCCAUGGGCCUCUAGAGUCCCCGAUCUCCUGUGCAGAGCAUCGUCUGUGAGGAUUGAGAGACUCUCUGCAUGGAUAGGCUGGGAGAAGAACGAUACGGCGUCGUUCAUGAGUAAGACGACAGGUGGAAGGACCAUAAGCUUACUUUGCUGCGUUCUGGGAAGUCUGUAUGAGCCAGGUCGUUACGGAGUGCUUCUUUAUCAGUUAUCUGAAAGUAUUCUACUUUCUGAACAACAGAUCGCCUCCCCGAAUCAGCUUGGUGGUGUCUGCAGGAUUCUUGAGGGGAAAUUGGCAUGUCUUGGCUUUGGAAAUCACUUUGCAGUCCAGGCUACCCGUCUGAGGCAGUGUUUCUUUGAGGCAGGACUGGCAGUUCCCCGAGAUCUCACAGAGACCCCUACGGGGGAAGACAUGAAGAUAUUUCUGUGCAGCGUGCGCGACGUCUUACAAGACGAGAAUUUGGUCCUACAGGUUACUGGAACAAGAUGCUUGGCAACUCUACUGGCUGUGGUCAUCGCAAUCUGCCCCGAUGACACUUCGGUCCGGGUUAACGGAGAAAUCCUGAUGGCUGGUCUCCGUGACAACAUUAUUUUUCAUGUCACCGGAGAAUAUACCUCGAAGACGGAGUUCCACAUCGAAUCUAGGUUUCAGCCCCAGACAAUGAAUUUUGCAAAGAGCUAUAUUACCCAAAACAACGAGGAAAGGGUGAACAGUGAACUGCGGUUUUCUUUCGACAACAUGUUAUCCGACUGGCUGGAUCUGAAUCUUGAAAUGACAGAUGACAGCGCAAAGCAGUCGCUAAAGCUGGCUAUAGCAAAUGUAGUAGCAUGCACUGCAUCAUCGCUGACCGGCGAACAGCUCCGGGGCUACUGCCCCUCGGAAGGUACCCCAACUUUCGCGGGUCACUUGUACAGUCGAUUCCCUGACCAAGGAAUGCGAAUCGCAUUGGGACCUAGAUACCGCCAAAUUAUAUCAGACCGACUACAAAAAGUCAUCUGCCGUCCUACAAAUACGUUGAGAGCUUUCGCGGAUGAGUUCGAAACACUGACGGAAGCAAUACAUAAGGCUAUUCCACUCGAACGCUGCACUUGCCAUGGAUGCAAAUACGUUCAAAAAUACAACAGUCGGGACUUCUCCGAUGGGAGCUGCCCCCUGGCUAAGCUGCGGGAAGCGGCAAUGGAGGCUACUUUCCUAGCACUACUGUGCGUUUUCAUCAAGUGUGGUCAAAACAGUACAGCCGUACUUAACUUACAGCCUCGCUAUACAACAGAUUUCCUUGCUCUCCUAUCACUUAUGUCUAAAAGGCCUGCAUUAGGUGUGGUUUCAUCCUGGUUGCGAAAGAAAUCUGGAGGGAUUGGUGUCGCGGACGGAAUCGAAGCUCUGUCCGAAUUUCCAUCCAAUAUACAUGGUAGUAUAAUGGAUUUGUUUGGGAAAGAACAGUGGUCAAGUACUGUCUGUAGUAGCUCGGGUGCUUGUACAGUCUACCCAAGCACUCUACAAUCCUUUCGAAUCGCCUAUCCUUGGACCGUAUAUUAUGAAGCUGUCGAUGGGAAGCUUUGGUUUCGAUCGGACGUCUACGUAUCUAUUGUUACAGGUGAUCCCAGGUCAUUUAUAGUCAAUCGAACUCCCUCAUUGACAUAUGACGACCGACGCGAUAUAACAGAAGAGCCAAUUACCAAAGGCGAAGUCGCAGCACCAUCGGCACUAGGACAACACACCAGUCUAUCAGUGACCCUUCGACCGACGACAAAGGUUGGUAGCCAAAUACUACAACUACGAUGUGUUGUUACGCAAUCUACUCAGGUGUUUGAGGUGGACUUUCUCAACCUCCACUUGGGUUUGAUGACCCUAGCUGCAGCUGAUCCCUGUGAUCAUGCCCUCUCAAAGCCUCUCCAACUGACGAGUACUGUCAAAGCCACUUCGGUUGCAAAUCCAGUCGCCAGAAUGAGAGCGAUUAUGCGUAUGCGCGACCCCUUAGUACUUGGAGUCACACUUACCCACCUCAGCGAAGAGGCUCAAUUUCUCUGCUGCAUGUAUGGUUGGAGACAACUAUAUCAAGGCGACUGCUGCAUGCCAUGUGCUGUAGCUCAAGCUAAGAAGGGCAAGUAUCAAGUCAUAAUUGGUGGCUCACCUAGACGUUGA